AUGACAGAUUAACUAUUUGUCGGUUAAUUGUAGCAGAAAGUAGGAGAAUUGAAAACUGAGUAUGAUUUAUAAAGAAGUAUCAAAGAUAACACUAUCAAUGCUAAAAUAGUAUAUAUUAUGUUGAUGCAAUUAGCAACGUUCCAGAGAUAAGAUAUGUGAAAUUCUGAGAAGGGUUCAAAGUAAAAGACCAAAGUUAUAAACUGAAGAAAGUGAAGAAUCAUUAGAUGGCAACAUACCUGAAUUAAAAAAACCAUAUGAAAGUAAAUAUAAUGAGGAAGUCUUGUAAAGAAGACAUUAUAUAUUCUAAUUCAAAAUGUAUUUGCGUAGAAAAAGGUAUGAUUUUAUUCAAUUUACUAAAGAGAACGAUUAUAGAGAGAAUAAGAAUUCAAACUUCUUAAGUUAUUAGACUAAUAGACAGAGGCUCUUUAAAAAUGGGUCACUAAAGAUCCAAAUGAUUUAGACAUGUUUGAUUUCUUUUACACUUAAAUAGAUCCACAUCGUAAAGGAUAAGUACAUCAUCUUUAACUUAAAAACUUUAUGUAUGAGAAUCCAUUAAUAAUGACACUCUUUUAAUUUGAUAGAUAAUCACUCUAGUUGGCAUUAGAUUCUUUUCCAGUUAAGGAAAGAUUUCAUCUAAAACAAGAUGAAUUCAUAUAAUUUUUGUAGAAGUAUUAAAAGAUUAAACCAGAGAAAGGAUUUCGAGAGUAUGUUCAUUUAUUUGAUCCAAUUCAUAAAUAAGUUAAUCUUUUUGAGAAUAAUCCUCGUAUCUUAUUGUUAGAAGAUAUCUCAAAAAUAUAGGAGGCUUUUGAUACAGUAAGUGAAAAUGGGUUGGCAACAGUUGAUGAAGCUAUAAAAUCUAUUCGUUAAAAUUGUGAAUUGUUUGUAUAUGCUGUUCAUGUUGUUGUUUUUGGAUUGAAUUUACUCUUAGAAAGUGUACUAUAAUAAAUAGAGAUUGGAUAUCUGAAUAAUCCUGAUGAAUAGAUAUCAUGGAAUUAGUUUAUGUAUUUCUUUGAUAAUCUUCCAAAUGAUUAAGAUGAAGAACCAUUACCAUAAUAAUAAGAAGAAUAAAUUUCAUCUGAAUCAUCAGAUGAUUAUUUCUAUAAAAUGACUGCAAAAUAUGAGAUCCCUCCACCACCUGAAACUGAGAAAAAGAAAGUUAAGAAACAAUCAAUCCCAAGAAAACCCUUUUAAGAGAUUAAUGUGGAUAGGAUGUAAUUUACAAUACCCAAGAAAACAGGAUAGGAGAAAAGAGAUGUCAAUAAGUAGCCUAGUAUAAGGGAAAAAUGGGUUAUGGAGUAGGUUAGAUAAAAAUAAGAAGAAAUUGAAGAAGCUUAUAAAUUUAGACCAUUUAAGGCUAAGGCAAUACCAUAUAAGGUGAAGGAUAAGAAUUAUUAUAAUGAAUUGUUGGAGAGAGAAGAAAUAAGAAGAAGAGAAUUGAAGGAGAGAUGCAAAGAAAAGACUUAAUCUAUGCAGAAACCAUUUAAUUUUGAGGAUAGAAAAAGAGAAUAACCUAUUAAAUUACCUGAAGAUUAAGAGGAACCAUAUAAAUUUAGAGCUAAUCCUAUUCCUUGGUAUUGUUCAUUGAAAUUAUAUGAACGUAAUAUUUAAGAGUAGAAGAUAAAAAGUGAGAAUAGAAAGAAGAUUAGAAAGUUUUGGUUAUAAGAGAAUUCAAAAUUACCACCUCGUAUGUAGGAAUGGAUUGAAAAGAUGAAAUUAAAAGAAUAAGAGAAAUAAUAAGAAUUAUUAAUAAAAUCUUAUCAGGAAUCAUCUAGAAAAGUCAGAGCAAAAUCAAUACCAAAUUUUAAUAAAUUGCAUGAUCAAUUCUAAAAAUAAUUAGAUAAAAAGAAAAAGAAAAUAAAAACUACUAUACCUAUUGGACCUAUAUUUCAUGAAAGUAAAAAGAAAGCUUAAAGAGAUUAUUUGGAUGAGAAAUCAAUAUAAAAGGAGGAUCCAUUGAAAAAAGCUAAGAAAGCUAUUUCAACAAAACCUAAGAUCUAACCAAGAUCAACUGAUAAAUUUAAUGCUUAUGUUGAUUACAUAUUUACUAUGAAAUAAAAUUAACUUGCUCUUGAUUAAUAAAAUUAAGAGGAAUAAAAUUAAAGAGAGGAUAAAAAAUAACUAUUUAGACCAAGAGUACAUUAAUCUUGGGCUAUUCAAGAUCAUAAUUAAGUUUAAUAUGAAAGAUAAUAAUAAAAGUUUAUUGAACAAUAUUAAAAGAGGAGACAAGAAGAGGAAGAUUUCAAUAAUAUGAUGAAAGAAAUCUUUGUUAGAGUUUAUUAGAGACCUUUAUUGAUGGAAGUAGAAGCAGCUAAAAGUUAAUAAUAACCUUAAGAAGAAUAAGAAUAAUAAGAGUAAUUUGAUUAUAUGAAUCCUAUUGGUGAAUAGGAUGUAGAAGAAUCAGAAAGAAUAUCUUAAUAAGAUCCAGAAGGUGUAGAUUAAGUAGGAGAAUAAGCAGAAUAAUCUUUGAGAGAAUAUGAUGGAUAGGAAAUAGAUGGAGAAUAUGAUGAUUAAAUUGAUAUUGAUAAUUUAGAUCCUAAGUUACUUGAAAAACUAUAGAAAGAUGCAAUAGGUAUAUAAGUAUAUUUAUAUUAUAGCUAAAUAAUAUGGAUUGACAGAAGAAUAGAUGGAAUAAAUAGAAUAAAUGGGAGGAUUUGAAGCUGUUUAAAAUAUGGGUUAUGAAGAAGAUGAUGAUGAUGAUGAUUAAGAGUAAGAUGAUCAAGAAGAAUUAUAAAAUCCUCAUUAUAAACGCCAUUCAUUUUGA